UACCCUUUGAGAGAGAUUGGAUACGCGAGGCGAAACAUACCCACAACUAUAUUUGUGUCGUACACACCACGGAGACCAUACUUGGAUGUUAACGAGGAAUACAACAGCCAACAACAAUGUUCAGAUCAAUGGAGCACAGCGUCCUCUUUGUGAUACGUUUUUGUGCAUAUGGAAGCCAGCCUGGCCUGGAGUGGAGGGGAAAUCUUGUAUUCCUACGCUCAACUCCGCCAGUGGAUGCCGCCAAUAACAGGAAGUAUACCGGAGUCAACAAUACCGAUACCGAAUGUGACGUCACUAACAGAAAGUAACCCCGGACACGAAGGCUCUCUAAAACGACGUUUUUCUUCAACUUUAGAUAGAAUAUUUAAAAACAAAUUGUCCACACACUCCCACUCUCCAGAUUUCUCAAUUGAAAUGGAACAUGUCGAUAUUGAAGAUGAUAUAGAAGAGGAGAUAUGUACGGACGACAGCGGUGAGUCGGACAGCGAAGCACUGACGUCAUGGAACGGCAUGGAAGGCCAUACAAAUCUUCAGUUCGUGUUUGAUAAUGAGUGUCAUUUAGACAAUUUGCAACCGGAAGUAGUUAUGACAUUCCCGAGUAAUAAAAAAGUUGGUUGCCUUAGUGACGCGAGCGACGUCAUAUAUAUCGGCGACGGAAGGAGUCUUGUUGUUGACAUGAUAGGUAACCGCGUAUUGCAUUUCAAUAAGCGUGGAGUGUCAUCGAUCGCCUAUAGUACAGAUGAUAUGGUCGAACCCUGGGCAGUAGCUGUCAACACAGAAGAAGUCAUUCACGUCACUUCCAAGAAAACCAAAUGUGUUACAAGAUUUUCAAAAAAUGGAGAAAUCAAAGAACCAAUAAAAGAUGUGAAUUUCAUGACACCCUCCGGCAUCGCUAUUGAUAAAAAUGAUCGAUUGAUUGUCAGUGACUUGACGUCAAAUCUCCUUACCGCUCAUGAGGCGGACGGGACGUUCAUCUCGACUAUAGGCAGCAGUAUGUCCCCUAUUCAACAUCUAGACAGACCCCGUUACGUCACAGUUGCCCCUAACAACGACAUUAUCGUGUGUGACUCGGGGAAUCAUGCUCUUAAGGUGUUUGAUUCAGAUGGUAACUUUGUACAAAAAAUCGGUGAGCUCGGGAAAGGUGAAGGCCAACUAAAAUGUCCGUAUGGUGUGUGUACAGACAUUUUUGGCAACAUGAUUGUUGCCGACCAUUACAAUGACAGAGUGUCUUUCUUUUCAAAGACCGGACAGUUCAUACGUCAUCUUGUGACGUCAUCAGACGGUGUCAUGCAUCCACAAGGUGUGUGUUUAACGUCGAAUCUCAGACUGCUCGUUACGCACGGGGGACUUAAGGCGCACGAAGUGCUUGUGUAUGAUCUUAGGAAUAACAAGACUGACAACACGUCCCCAGAUACACUAGUGUUUGUCUGACGAUGUUUCACUCCAAUAUUUGCCAUGCAUGACGAUUUAUCGCGAUUCUCAAACUAGGCUAAUUUGAUAUAAAAGUUGAUUCGAAAUUCAUUCAACUUUUUAAUGUUUGUAGCUUCCUUAUCAUUACCGUGUAUAACCACGUAACAGCAUUGACACAUGAGUGCGGUUUGUGUAAUACGGAGAGGAGAUACAUUGACACAUGAGUGCGGUUUGUGUAAUACGGAGAUGAGAUACAUUGACACAUGAGUGCGGAUUGUGUAAUACGGAGAGGAGACACAUUCACAUAUGAAUGCGGUUUGUGUAAUACGGAGAUGAGUCACAUUCACAUAUGAGUGCGGUUGUGUAAUACGGAGAUGAGACACAUUGACAUAUGAGUGCGGUUGUGUAAUACGGAGAGGAGAUACAUUGACACAUGAGUGCGGUUUGUGUAAUACGGAGAGGAGACACAUUGACACAUGAGUUCGAUUUGUGUAAUACGGAGAUGAGACACAUUCACAUAUGAGUGCGGUUGUGUAAUACGGUGAUGAGACACAUUGACACAUGAGCGCGGAUUGUGUAAUACGGAGAGGAGACACAUUGACACAUGAGCGCGGAUUGUGUAAUACGGGAAGGUGACACAUUGACACAUGAGUGCGGAUUGUGUAAUACGGAGAUGAGACACAUUGACAUAUAAGAGCGGUUUGCAGUCAUAACGUUCAUUGUUGUCAACUUAUGUAAAAAAAAAAAAAAUACCAGAAAACUUUUUGGAACCUAUUGUAUAUUCCCGUUUAGUUAUGUCAGUGAUUUGCUGUGAUAACACCUUUUGCUACUGUUCUGUUUAAACUGUUUCAGUCACCUAAACAUUUGGUCUAAGAAAUUGUUUUCUUACACCUCUGAAUAUCUGAGAUUAACAUACCCAUACGAAACCCUCAUGUUAAUCUGGUUGUUGACGUUUGGCAGCGUAAACAAUAAUGGAGACUAUAUAUACAUUGUGAUUUGUAAGCCCAUCGUUUAUUCAGUCUGUGCUAUUCUUUCCAGUCGGUGUUCGCUUAUGUAAGACUUGUGGUCUAACUCAUUACAAUGUACAUAUAGUCUGCAUUAUUGUGUACACUGUCAAACGUCAACAAACCUUGAUAAACAGAUUAGGUUUAACAUAAUGAGCAUGACUUCACGUAAUGUAUGACACCAACACAAUGACUGUCUGUCUUCUUUGUCGAUUCUACGGAUUUUACCUGUCUCAUAAUCAAGAGGGUGAAAGAUUCUGUUUAUCCCACAUGUGUACACUCAGUAACUUUUAUGCUAAUGACGUCACAAUCCAAAGCCCGCCAAAACGUUUGACAUGGCGGUAACAAGCUUGCAGUUGGCAAGUGACACCAUCUCAGCAACAUUUAAGUCAAUGCACAAGUUUACACUAAACGUCUUGCACAAAUAUUUGAAUUUGAGAUUACCACUGGUAUUCCUAACUAUUUUAGCCCCUUUCAGAUGUGGCCUUGGUUUGUGUAUACGUUAUCUAGAAGGUAAAUAUUGCUACUGUACAUGUAUGUAAAGUACUGCAUUUGCUCUUUCUACGCCAUGUCGUACGAAACAUUUGGGUAAGAUGUGGGAAAAAAAUAAAGUUGUCAAAUAUAUUGAAGCUACAUGUAUGCGGACAAUGAUAAUUCAACCCUCUGGUGUAGAAUUUGGUGUCAGAACCUUGGCAUAGCCUUGGUUAUAACCUGAAUUCUAGACCCUCGGGCAGAAUAUCCAUACCCCACAACAUUACAUAUGAUUUACUCUAUUAGUGCACGUACUUCGUCUUUGCGUCUGUCAUCCCCUCCUAACAAUUCACAUUUUCGACUCAUCAAGAAUAAAUCUUUACAUGGAAUUAUUGAACAUGUAAACACGUGCUAUACAUUCAUAAAACUAAUCACCUCAGAAAUAUGUUGAACAAGA